AAUGCCGAUACAUCUGGAUUACGUGCGUAAAACCAGUCGGAGGGUUUAAAAUCCAAAAGCCAUCGUCGCCACUCACUUUCGGAGAAAAGGGGGAAAUGCGGAGAGAGGACGGCGUCUAGAAGGAUGCUGCUGCUUGUACAAUGGAAGUGAAGAACUUUUUUGCAGCUGUUGCGCUGGUUUGUGUCUUCUUUUGCGCCACUUUCAGCCAAGAACUCAACCCCAAAGGCAAGAAUGUAUGCAAAGCGCCUGGAUCAACAGGAUUUGUGUGCUGCACUGGAUGGGGGCAGCUAGGGGAUGAAUGCCUGACACCUCUCUGCGAAGGCAACUUCACCUGCAAGGAGAAUGAGGUGUGUGUCAGGCCCAAUGAAUGUCGCUGUCGUCAUGGAUACUUUGGAGCUAGCUGUGACACCAAGUGCCCUACCCAGUUCUGGGGCCCUGACUGCAAAGGGAAGUGUAAUUGUUACCCCAAUGGCCAGUGCGACGACUUGACCGGCGAGUGUACCUGCAACCACAAUCGAUGGGGACCGAACUGCGAGAAUGCUUGCUUAUGCCAAAAGGGCAAGUGUGACCAAGAGACGGGCAAAUGCACGUGUCACCCUGGCGUCUGGGGUCCCCAGUGCAACAACAACUGCUACUGCAGCAUCAACUCUGUCUGCGAUGCAAUGACAGGGCGGUGCCUCUGCAACCCUGGUUGGACCGGGAGGAACUGUGCAAUCCAGUGUAACUGCAACAAUUCACCCUGUGACCAGUUCACAGGACGCUGCCAGUGCAGGGAGCGGCUGUGGGGCCCGCGGUGCGAGCGAUACUGCCAAUGCGUCCACGGCAAGUGCAACCAGGCGGACGGCUCGUGUACCUGCACACCAGGGUACCGCGGGAAGUUCUGCAGGGAGCCAUGUCCCGCCGGCUUCUACGGCCAGAACUGCAGGAACAGGUGUGGGCACUGCAAGGGCCAGCAGCCCUGUAAGGUGACCGAGGGACGCUGCAUCACCUGUGACAGAGGCUGGAACGGGACCCGCUGUGACCAGCUCUGCUCCAAAGGCUUCUUUGGCGAAAACUGCCAAGAAGUGUGUCCCACCUGCAAAGACGGUCACCACUGCGAUCCCAUCCAUGGCAAGUGCUCUCACUGUAACCCUGGCUGGAUUGGGGACAGGUGCGAGGUGCGCUGCCCCAACGGCACGUACGGCGAGAACUGUGAGAACAACUGCAGUCACUGUUUUAACGGCAUCUGUCACAUUGUCACCGGAGAGUGCCUGUGUGACCCGGGGUUUUAUGGCACCUACUGCAAUAUGACCUGUCAGCCUGGCCAGUAUGGAGUGAACUGCAACCAAACCUGCUCUUGCCAUGUCAAGAACUGCGAUCCUGUGUCUGGUGCUUGCCAUCUACAGCCCAACCAGCGGAUGGGUGUGAUUGCGGCUGGAACCCUGGUCUCCUUCUUACUGAUCGUCCUGCUCUCGCUGCUCUGCUGCUGCUGCCUCUGUCGACACAAAGACGACCACAACAAAAAAGCCAAGCGGAUCCUGUGUGGACGAUUCAGCCGAAUCAGCACUAAACUUCCCCGUAUUCCACUGAGGCGACAGAAACUGCCCAAAGUAGUCGUAGCCCACCACGACCCAGAGAACACCUUCAACUGCAGCUUCAUCGAGCCCCCCUCAGUGGCUGAGCAGCCCUCCCCCUCCUCAUGGUCGUCCCAGGAGUCCUUCUCUUCCUUUGAGAGCGGAGACGAGGGGCCAGUUUACUGCGUGCCCCAUGAAGAAUCUGUAAACGAAUGCAAAGAGAAGCGCAGCCCCUCCCCGACAACAGAGAAGCCAGAGGCUGUCCUUGACGAAGACGAUGCUGGGGAGUACACCUCCUUGAAAGACACCAGUGUCACAAAACCAGAAGGCAGUGAGCAGCCCCUGCUCAAAUCCUCUGACAGCGAGGGUUCCACCAGUGGCUCCGAGUCCACUACUGCAGCCCUCUACGCCCGAAUCGCCCGCCUCUCCAAGCAGUCCAAGGAGGACGAUGGCAGCGGCAGGGAUGGAGAUGGUACUCCCACACCAGAGGCAAAGCGCAAUGGAAGGCCACCACCUUCUCCUGGCAAGCCCAAACCACGCCCACCGGACCCAUCCACCAAGCCCAAGGUCUCAUGGAUACAUGGAAAUACUACAGGCUCUCCCCAGGUAGAGCAGCAGGGGCAGGGUGGAAUGAAGUCACUUGCAGUGCCAAAGGAGAAAAAGAGAAGCUCCAGCGAUGGCUCAGCCAAGAGCGAGGAGCGGCAGAAAACGAAGGAGAAGGCCCGGGAACAACAGAAGAAACAGGAGGGGAAGGAGGCAGAAGUCAAUGGCUCCCCCAGCAAACACAAACCUCUGCGAGGUAAGAAGUCUGGGGACGAGCACAGCAGUCCCAGUCACAUGGAGCACAUAAACGGUGUGGUUCAAAAUGCCCUCAAGAAGAUAAGUAACUUCCAUAGCUCUUCAUCUGAGAAGAAAAGUGCUGCUGACAGUCCAAAGGAGACCGCCAAGGAGCCACCCAAGAGCCCCAAAGUCAUCCACCCUCAUAUGAACUCUGAGGCGGCAACACUCCUCGCUGCACAGCUCAAGGAGAAAACCCAAAGCAUCAACAGGAACGAGGGGACAGGUCUGACAAAAACCAAUGGUCUCUCCACACCCAAGGGAAACAGGGAGAAGCCAACACCGCCACAGAAAGCCAAGAGGACCCCCUCAGGUGGAUUGAGCCAGCAGGGCUCCACCAAGCCCCUGCUGCCUACCUCGAGCAGCCUCCAGAAGAUGUUGGCGCCCGUCACCACCGACCUCGGGACCCCUGAUGCCAAGAGCCCGGAGAAGCAGGACUUGAACGACUCAAGGGCAGCGGACCCAAAGUUGGAUCCUACACCAAAGAAGACUCCCAUAAAAAAGCCACCCAGGAAGAAAGGCAAGGAGGGUACUUUGGAUAUGUCGGAGGGUAAAACACCCCAGCAAAAGACAGCUAUUAUGCCACCACAGGUGGUGAAAUAAGUGGGUUUUUUAAAGAUGACCAAAGAUGGAUUCCAAAGAGGCAUAAAUGGAUUUGGUGGACAGUGAACCACAUAGAUUUUUUAAUCAAGGAAUUUGAACAUUUUUUUGAGUGUGCUGUGACUCCAGGACCAUUCAAGAGUGAGAAAUGCUUUAAAAUCAAGGGCGCAGGCGAGUCAGAUUGGUGAGUUGUAUUAUAAUGACCUCUAUACACCAUUGUAUUUCAUUUCAAGCAUUUCAUUUUUUUGUAUAACAACUAUGUAUCAAUCUCACACCACAACCUGUGGCUAAGUUGGACACAACUGUGAGGACAGUGGUGCACAGACAUAAUCCAAAGUUCAUUCAUCUCUAUUCCUCCACAGUAUGUCCACCACUAUAUUUAUGUAUGGAUUGCUUUUGAGUUUUCAUAUGCAGGUGUCACAAAAGUAGCUUUUUUUAUGUACACUCUCCAAAGGUACAAAAGGUACUAAGAAUAACAAGAACAUUAGAUCCUCUGAGGAUUGCAAGCUAUUUCUUUUGGGGUUUUUUUUCCAUUUCCAAGGACCAACUUGCACAAAUUCUAUAUCUAAAGCAACCCUGAAAUAGAGUCAAGGCUUGACUCUUUACAGAUAAUGGUCAAAUAAGGUGUUUAUUAAAAGCAACACGUUUACAGUUUCAGCGUGAUUUGCUGGAGAACUUUCUUUUUUUUUUUUAAUUUUCCUCUAUUUUGCUACGAGAGCAACUUUCAGGUUGAUAAACCAUGUUAUUAGCAAGCUCCCCUUUAAUCAUCUCAAUCUGACACCCCGCAGUACACAAGUUAUGCUACAUUUAGGACUUAAUUGUCUUCUUUGCUUGUGUGAGUCACCUUUAAUUCUACACUGAGCUUAAGAGUUGGUUUUGAGGCUUUUUUCCUCUACAGAAAUGUUACAUUUUGGGAUUUAAAGUCUUAGCUCUCUUUUGUCCAACUCUGUCAGACAUGGUUUGCUGGAACCCAAACACGCUCUUUGAUCCCUCUGCAAAAAGGGCUGUUUAAAAACCUCUUUCAUACUUGUGCUAACACCAAAUCACCAGAAUGUGCUCUUACUGUAAGUUUUAUUCAGUCAGCGAAACCACUAAACCAAAAAUGAAAUCCCAGACUAUCCUGUGUCCUCACUUUAUGUCAUGCUUAUAAAUCACUUUAAACACACUUACUUUCUUCUGUAAUACAACAUCUGUAGUUUCCCUAUGCUGUACUUAAGAAAACAUACUUCAGGACAUAUUCCCCUCUGUAAAGCAGAUUUUGUUAAAGCAACGGCUGUUAGUUGCCUUCUCUUCCGAGCAGGAGGAGACUGCCAUGUGUCUGUAUUGGCUCUUUCAGUUGAGUCAAGAAACUAGGUCAAUAACACCACCCGAGCUAUUCUCAUUUUACAUUAGGUUGUUUACGCCAUCGGGUUAUUUGUGUGAGAAGACAAUCUUUUCAUAGAUGUUUUGUCCCUCAAGGAUCAUUUUAUCUUAAGCUAGUAGAUAAAUGCUGAAGUAACGGGGGUUCUUUCAUGUCAUUGUUUUUAGGGUAAGACUAUAAGGCCAAAUGGUACCAUGCCUGAAGUGUUCAAAUGUGCCUCAACUGUGGAUCAGUUUAAGCCAGGCUAACUAUGUUUGCCUAAAUGUUGUUGCCAGGUUUUUUUGUUUUUUUUUAUUAUUAUUUUUGUUUUUUUUUAUUUCAGCUAGGCCAAAAAAAGAAAGCAGUAGGGUGGAAUACUUAAACUUGACUCAUUCAGUAUGUCAAGAGAAAAAGCUUUUAUUUCUGGUAAUGGUGGACAGCUAUUUUGAAAAUAGCGCUCCAAACAUGAGCUACGACCAGUGGACGAUAGGUAUGUAUGCAACACGUUAAGUGCUCUUGGUUAUUUUACAUGUACACGUAAUUGGAAAAAUCGUCCUGGUUUUAUGUGUUUGUUUGUUUUUAUCAAGGUACAACGCAUUUCUUUGGUUAUUUUUUUCAACAAUUUCUACUUGUAUACAUUGUGUACUUUUUAUUAUCUUUGUAAGCUGUGCUUAUAUGACCUUUUUAGUUCUUCUGUUUUCUUUGGUGUCAAUGAACUGGCUUUCAUGUUGUAUUUGCUUUUUGUUUUUUUUUCUUUUGCUAUGUUGCUUAUUUUUGGCUCUGAACCAAACCUACAGUAUGAGUACUCUCCUCCUGUAAAGUUUACAUUGGCUUUGUAAUUGUUCUCUGUUGAUGUUAUUGUUUGUGUAACACUUAACUGCAUGACGCAGAGUGUAAUUAUAUGGCAUUAAUAGCUGCACAGGAUUUCUGUAACCUUCUCAUCCCAUCCGGUUGUUAUUAUUGCCUCCCAUAAAAAAUAACUCAUGCAGAAAGGAUUGUACAGUACUAUGAUACCACUGUUGAAACUUAUACUUAAAACAAUAACAUUGUGUAAUUAUGAAGUGGCAAUUUUCUUAUCUGACUGGCCCGUGCCUGUUUUUAUAGGCUUACAGUGCAUUUUUUGUAAAGAAGGGCCUGAAAAGCUGCAAAAUCAUUACCAACUGUAAGGUAUAUUUUGUCUUUUGUGGUUUGUUUUUAGCAUCUUUGAUUUCCAUUUGUGUACGUUCAUUAAAUUGGUGUUUCCUCAUUUACUUCUUUGGAAUAAAAAAAAAGCAAUACAUGUAGCUCUAGUCAAACCGGAACCUAAAAAUCAAUCCUCAUUUAAUCGAUUCACAAUGGUGGUCAUCUUAAUUGAUCACUCCCACACUUUCUCAUGGGGGCAUCGUGGCAUCUUCUCUCAGUGCACAAUCAACUAGAACAACAAAAAGGUAAAAAGGGAUGUAUUGGGUAAUAUGCCACAUAAAUCUCUCUUUGUAUGCUUCAAACAGAUUCCUUCAAAUGCUUAUUGAUAUUUGACCCUUUCCUGUGACUCUGGGUUAAAGGAGUCCUCCGGAGUCAUUCGGUCACGGUGGCUCUUCAAAGCGCUGGAGGGAACCAGGGACCUGUUCAUUUGGCUCCUUCAGGACUGGGGGACAAGAGUUCCUUUCAUGAGGGAAAAACAGUGGAAAGUCUGUGCUAAGGAGUUAAUCACGCGCUGCAUAUGUGUCCUCUUUUGGCGGGGGGAGAGGGAUAUGGCAGGACUGGGGCACAAGGCAAUGAAGGAGGAAGAAUGGAUGGAUAUGAGGAUGGAUGGAUGGGUCAUAUGAUGGGUAACUGGAACCAGAAGGCAAGGUUGUUGUGUUUGGAUUCCACUCUUUUGGUGUCGACUUACUUACUAUGUACAUGUGUGUUAUUCAUACACAGUAUGAGUAUGAAGUGUUAAGUUCUGCAGUCCUGAAAAAUCUUAUUAUACUUUGA